CAUCUCUCAGGCGCUGAAAUGAAGCGGAUGCACUUUAUCUCCCUGCUGAUGAGUAUGACCGCUUCAGUCUCCGCACAAUUUAAUGGAUACAACUGCGACGCCAACUACCACAGCAGGUUUCCUGGGGAGCGGGACAUCAGUGUGUACUGCGGGGUUCAGACCAUCACCUUGAAGAUCAACUUCUGCCCGGUGCUGUUUUCCGGCUACACCGAUGCAGACCUGGCACUAAACGGCCGUCAUAGUGAUGCCCAUUGCCGUGGUUUCAUCAACAAUAACACCUUUCCCACAGCAGUUCUCUUCAGCAUCAGUCUCAGCACGCUGGAGGCCUGCGGUAACAACCUGGUGGUCACCACGGCCUAUGGGCCCAACGCCUACGGGAAUAUGUCGCUGGUGCAGGUUGGGAAUAUCUCAGGCUACAUCGACACCCCCGACCCGCAGGCCAUCAUCAGCUACCUGCCUGGUUUACUGUACAAAUUCAGCUGCAGCUACCCGCUGGAGUACCUGGUCAACAACUCACAGCUGGCCUCUUCAUCUGCUGCUAUAUCUGUCAAGGACAGCAAUGGCACAUUUGUGAGCACACUCAGUAUGAUCUUAUACAACGAUUCGACGUACAGUCAGCAACUCUCCAUCCCAAUGUCUGGACUGGCUUUGAAAACCAGAGUGUUUGCUGCUGUCAGAGCCACAAACCUGGACAAACGAUGGAACAUCUUGAUGGACUACUGUUACACAACGCCCUCAGGGAAUCCCAACGAUGAACUGCGCUACGACCUUUUCUUUGGGUGCCACAAAGACCCACAGACGACGGUUUUUGAGAACGGGAGGAGUCAGAUGGGUCGUUUUGCCUUCGAGGUGUUCCGUUUCGUUAAACACAGACACCAGAAGAUGUCGACUGUGUUCCUGCACUGCGUCACCAAGCUUUGCAGGGCAGAUGACUGCAUCAUGCUCAUGCCAAUCUGUGGGCGACGGCGCAGGCGAGACCUAGAGGAGAGUCUUGAUUCUCGACCGGCAGCAUCUGACAAUGCCAUCAUCACUGCUGGACCCAUCAUCACCAGAAGUGAUGAAACUCCCGUCAACAACUCCCAACUUGCAUCUGGUGACCCCUCGAAGCCGAUGAACCCGGUGACCAGCGCGCUGCUCUCAGGCGUGGUCAUCCUGGGCGGGGUCAGCGUCGGCUUCUUCCUGUUUUCCCUCCGCCUCCUUCAGAAGUCCCGCCUCCACGCGACCACAUCCUCAGGUGUCUGGAACGCCGGCUUCAAGUGA